AUGUCCUACCAUCUACUGUUGACGCCAAUUUAUCUUCUUUGUCAUAUUCAAGUUGUUCUACCCAAUGGUGACCCAGUAUCACGAAGACCACAUCCAGCCAUUAAACCUGAGCUGAUGCUGCAAAUUUACAACUUGUUAUGCAUACCGAUGAGCCUGCUUGAUGUCAUUACCUAUGUCCGUGGAAAACUUGUUCCAGAUGGUUAUCAGCCAUAUACUUUUAGGCGCAACAACCCAGAAACCCUGCUAGACAAGCUGAGAUCAAUUGUUGCCACAUACAUCUACAGGCAUACUAUAGAGGAGCUAAAACAAGAAGGUGCUGAUUUUUCCCUCUACCUGUACAACCCAGAGGUAGACCCCAUCACAGGUAUGCUGAGKCAUGACAGAGGUGACCAUAACCAUAUACUCAAACGGAUUGCGACCAGCACACGGGGGUGUAAAUGUGAAAUGCUCAACUACGAGGCAUUUGAUAAAGUCCUGAAAGACUCCAACARUGGGCUUACACAUGCAGCCUUGGUGGGCAAAAGAAAGCAAAGCCUCAAAGAUGCCGAGCGGUUCCUAUCCUGUGCUGUUGUUAAGUCCCUAGAGGUAAAUGGCCAUGUCAAUGAGGCAGAGUAUGUCAGAGUUAUUGYAAACUGGCAUGAAGCGACUGAUGGAAGGGGACUGACGCAACUACAAAGAUGUAGGUACAACUACAAAAUGUUGAAUUACAUUCUGGACAUUUGGAUGCCAUGGCACAAGGACAAUUAUGACUUUUCAACUAUUGACAUCAACAGGUGA